GUUUUUUCCUAUAUCUUUCUUUAAAAAAAAAUAGUUGAUAAUGGCUGUUGUUACUAUUGAGGUUGAGGUCACUUCUUCACUUCCAGCUCCUAAGCUUUUUAAGGUCUUUAGCCACUUUGACACCAUUGCACCUAAGGUUGAACCUGAAACUUUCAAGACCGUCAGUGUCAUCCAAGGUGAUGGUGGUGUUGGAAGCAUCAAGAACAUUACAUACGGCGAUGGUGUUCCAUACACAACUUCAAAGCACACUGUUGAUGCCAUUGACUCAAGCAACCUUAGCCUUAGCUACACGGUCUUUGAAGGCGACGCGUUGUUGGGUAUAAUAGACUCAGCCACUCAUCAUAUUAAGUUUAUUCCUUCUUCUGAUGGAGGAUCCAUAUACAAGCACGCAGUUGUGUGUAAAUGCAAAGGUGAUGCUAAGCUAACUGAAGAUACACCCAAGUUAUUCAAAGAAGCAUUAAAGAAGACCUUUAAGGCAAUCGAGUCCUAUGCCAUUGCUCAUCCUGACGAAGCUUACUAAUUCAACUCGAAUCAACAUGUUUUGUUUCAAUAAGAAAAAGCUCUGGUUAGUGUGUGCUUAAAAGAGAGAGAGCAAGAGAAGUAAAUGGUUUCAUUUGCUUGUUUUGCUCUCUUAAAUAAAUGGACUUCUGUCCAGUUAUAUCAUCAUUGUACUUUGUUUUCGUCUAUAAUGAUUAUGUAUUGUGAGUUUUCUUAUUAC